AUGGCGGGAAAAGAGCGCAGCCCACGCCACCGGCCGUGGUCUGUGUACCGCGCAAACACCUUUGACCUUUCCUCUGAGAUGAUGGGCCUGACACUCGCAGGAAAUAGCCAAGACCCCGAUGAGCCUGUGCUGGAGUUCAGUCUGGCAUGCAGCGAGUUGGUCACGUCAGCCCUGGAACGUAAACCAAACAGUUUUGUGGCGGUAAGCUGCACCACGCCCCCUCAGGCCUUCUGGACCAAGCAUGCUCAGACAGAGAUUAUAGAGGGCACCAGUAAUCCGAUCUUUUUGAGUAGCAUCGCUUUUUUCCAGGACUCUCUGAUCACCCAGCAGACUCAGGUCAAGCUGUCUGUGUACGACGUCAAAGACCGCUCCCAGGGAACGAUGUACCUGCUGGGUUCUGCCAUGUUCACGGUGAAGGAACUGCUCCAGGACAGACAUCACAGGUUGCACCUGACGUUACGAUCUGCGGAGAACGAGAGAAUGGGAAACAUUACCAUAAUUGCCUGGCAGAUAGAGGAGAAGAAGGACCAGAGGGCUCCCAUUAGCCGACUACCAGACACCGUUAAUGGACGAAUGGUUUUACCAGUGGAUGAGAGCUUGACAGAGUCUAUGGGAAUCAAAGAAAAAUCUGCUUCUUUAUGCAAAGACACUCUGUUAAAGGCUGUGUUUGGAGGCACGAUGUCGCGGAUGUAUCGCUUCCCAACCACAGACGGGAACCAUCUUCGCAUCCUGGAGCAGAUGGCCGAGAGCGUCUUGUCCCUCCACAUCCCCCGACAGUUUGUCAAACUGCUCCUGGAGGAGGAUGCCGCGAGGGUGUGUGAACUGGAGGAGUUAGGUGAACUUUCUCCUUGCUGGGAGAAUCUGAGAAGACAGAUCAUCACUCAGUACCAGACCAUCAUCCUAACUUACCAGGAGACGCUCACCGACCUCCACGAGUACAAGGGUCCUUCCUUCAAGUCCAGCACUCUGAAAGCAGAGAGGAAAUUAGAAUUCAUGCCCACAAACCUCCACGUUCAGAGGAUGAGGGUGCAGGGAGAGACGGGUUAUGAUCGUACAUAUGAUGUAGUUACUGUGGGAGCCCCAGCAGCACAUCAUCAAGGCUUCAAAGGGAACGGCCUUAGGAAACUCAUCCAGAAGUUUGAGGAGGCAAAGAAACACUCUGGGGACUCCAGUCCUCAGUCUAUGGUGUACCAACCCCAAGAUGUUGUGAAAGCCAAAGAGAUCAUCUCCCAUAUCAACACUUUGAAGACUCAAGUCAGUUACUACGCCGAGCGCCUGUCUCGUGCCGCCAAAGAACGUUCUGCCAACGCUCUGGAGAGAACUCUCGCCAUCCUUACAGACAAGACAAGACAGCUUGUGACUGUGUGUGACAGUAAGCUGCUCGCUUCAGCCAUCCAGGCUCUGACCACAGCGAGACCAGAAUUUAUCGCCUGUAGGGGUUCCCCUUCCGCCCCCGAGACCGAACGCGUGGUCCUACGAAACGACCAGAGCUCCCCGCAGGCCAAGUGGAGUGGGCGCGGGAGCCGGACGUCCAUGAACAUGGACUGGCAGGAGGAGGAGUGGGACAAGGUGUGGAUGAACGUGGACAAGAGUCUGGAGUGCGUGAUCCGGUGCGUGGACAGGCUGUUGACCAGAGACAGGUCCCAGAGUGACAGCAGCGAGGACGUCUUCCUGUCCGACGCCCAGGCCAACGCCAGUAAAAGAGGUAGUCACGGUAACCAGCAUGCCUUCUGGAUCAAUCCUGACAUCACUGACCGGCUGUCCUCAUCCUCGCUCACCACUGCACUCUGCCCCAUACUCACAGACCACUGCAUCCCCAGUAUGGAAGGGUCCUCCCCAGGUGAAUGGAGUGAUGCUCUUUACCCUCUCCUGACGACUCUAAAUGAGUGUGUUGCUAUGAUGAGUGACAAAGCCAAGAAGUCCAUGGUGUUUCUGCUGAUGCAGGACAGCGCACCCACAAUCGGCAUGAGCCUGACACUACAGUACCGCAGAGAUGUGGUCUUCUGCCAAACACUGACAGGCCUGAUCUGUGGGUUCGUUACCAAACUGAGGAAUUGUCUCCGUGACGAUGGUUUCCUUAGACAGCUCCACACUAUCGGCCUGCUGGCUCAGUUUGAGGGUCUACUUAGUACCUAUGGUGAAGAGCUGGCCAUGUUGGAGGACAUGAGUGUUGGCGUAAUGGACCUCAGAAACGUCACCUUUAAGGUUACCCAGGCAACGUCUAGCUUUGGCCCUGACAUGCUGCCCGUCAUCACCGGGAACAGGGACGGCUUCAACGUGCGUGUUCCGUUACCGGGGGCAAUGUUUGAUGUGUUGCCACGGGAGAUACAGAACGGGAUGCUGCUUCGUGUUCAGCCGGUCCUGUUCAACAUAGGAAUCAACGAACAACAGACUCUGGCAGAAAAAUUCGGAGACACAUCUUUACAGGAGAUGGUUAAUAUGGAAAGUCUGGCUCGACUAAAGUCCUACUAUGACCAGUUUAAGGAGGUUCUGCCUGAAGACUGUCUGCCACGGUCUCACAGCCCAAACUGCGUGCCGGAGUUACUGAAAUUUCUUACUCAGAACAUCCACGCGCGGAAGAGUAAGAACGUGGAGAUCCUUUGGCAGGCUGCCGAGCUGUGUCGGCGUCUGAAUGGCGUGCGUGUGACCAGCUGCAAGAGCGCAAAGGACCGCACAGCCAUGUCCGUCACGUUAGAGCAGUGCCUGAUCCUGCAGCAGGAACACUGCAUGGCUCCGCAGGUCUUCUCUCAAGCCCUGGACUGCAUGCGCAGUGAGGGCUGUAGGAGAGAGAACACCAUGAAGAACGUGGGCAGCCGCAAAUACGCUUUCAACUCGCUGCAGCUAAAGGCUUUCCCCAAACAGUACAGACCACCUGAGGGCACUUACGGGAAGGUGGAGACUUGAUGUGAG